AUAAUUUUGGCUGUAUUCUGGGAAUUCUUCCGCUCGAUGCUGCCAUAUGAGCAAUCCCUUACAAGGUUCGACUCUGCAACAGGACUCUACUACGAUUGCUCUGCUCACAUGCUGUGGUGUGGAGAGGGAACUACACGACAACUCGAAAGUGCCCACACAGAGUUCCUCAGAGGAAUCUCCAACCCUCUUGGCAUAAAAGUGAGCGACAAGAUGGAGCCAAGCGAUCUGGUGAAACUAAUUGAGGUGUUAAACCCUGCCAACCUGCCGGGGAGAAUAACGAUCAUAAUCAGCAAAAUGGGUUCGGAGAGACUGAGAGUCAAGCUUCCGGAAUUGAUCAGAGCUGUUAAUGCCUCCAAACAAAUCGUGACAUGGGUCUGCGAUCCCAUGUAUGGACGAAACAUCAAAGCGUCAUGUAAACUGAAGACUCGUCCAUUUGAUCGUGUUUUGGCUGAAGUAGGUGCAUUUUUCGAUGUUCAUGACCAAGAAGGAAGCCAUCCAGGAGGAAUCCACCUCGAGAUGAUUGGCUCCCAACAUGUAACAGAAGAGUGGAUUGGAGGAUCUUGCACGGACACUUUAGACGAUUUCAGUUCUGGUUACCGUGCCCAUUGCGACCCUAGGCGUCUGAAUGCUUCUCAGUCUCUCGAGCUCGCUUUUAUUGUAGGAGAGCGACUCAAACAUAGGAGGUUUUGACCCUCCUCGAUGCUACGUAGAUGGUUAGCCACAUUGUCCGCAACGAGAUUUAUCUUUGUUUAUCAUUUUAUGAGGUAAUCUUUGUAUAUCAUUCUCCUAAAUUAUUAUUCUUCUUUAAAUUUAUAGUGUUUACCCUAUACUUAAGUUUAUUGAAUUUGUUUCACAAUUGAAAGAUUUGAUUUUUUUCAAAAAUUAUAAAAUCGCGCUGAGGUUGAAUCACCGGUACAAUACAAUUUCAAAAACUCUGAUUUUUUCCGAACUUUCUUCUUGAUAGCUCGCUUCCAACUUGAUUGUGCCACUGCCAAUACAUACGGGCUGGAUAAAAGUUAGGCCCGCGAGGAGUAGGUAAUGUUUUGAGCCCAAACAGAAGGCAACCCGAGCUUUGAAGCCUGGAUAAACUGCUUUGUGUAGGUCAGCUCUGCAGAAAGCUCAUUGAUUUCUUAGCGGACCCCAUUUUGUUGUUAUCAGAACUAGAUCGAACCGAACCGGCCGGACCUGACUAGGGUAUUAUAUGAAUGGUUCAACUAAAAUUUUAGUUAUAGUUCUAUAACAACUAAACAUUAAACCGUAAACUACUAACUUAUUGGUUUGAUUAUCCAGACCGAUUCAACAACACAAUCAUAGAAGAAACCAAUAAUGUGAACCCCAUCGCUCCAUAGUCCUCCCCGAAGGCGGAGACCCUACACCAGACGUGAAGGAAGCUACUACCAUAAUCCAACAGGGAUCAAUAAUGGAGACAGGAAAAAAUACAGGAUCUUCCAGUUGACAAUCUUGGUGUGUUUGGUCUGAUAGUGACUACCCAUGUUCCAGAUUUUGUGCUGUAAUUGCCAACCAAACAUUCCUUUAUUUAUUUUGUAAGAGAGGCAAGAUGUUAGCUUGAGGAGACUUUUGAUGUUGGUGAGUCUUGUUUGGUAAAGAAUGUGAACUAGCUUUGACCAAAUUCGAAAGGGUUUCAGAUGCCUUGAAGUCGCAUUGAACGAAAUUGCGUGUUUUAAUUCAAGACAAUAAUUUUUCAUCGUUAAGAAUCGUGUUCUUAAGUAGGUUGUGUAGGCAACAUAAUAGAGGAGUUUGCCACGUCGUUGGUACUAAGUCAAAUGCUUGAUGUCGAACACUAUAGUAUAGUAUGAACUUGGAACGGAACUGCAAAUUCAGCUAAAACAACUCUGAUCCCUUCACUAUAGUCACACCCAUGAUCAUUCAAGAACCUCUAAUGCAAGCAAAUUUCAGACACAUCACCGUAAAUCGUAAUCAACAAGAACCCUACUACAACGGCAAAUCAAUGUUGAUACCUCAA